AUGACGUCCGGGGAGCCCCUGCACGUGAAGACCCCUAUCCGUGACAGCAUGACCCUGUCCAAAGUGGCCGGCACCAGCGUCUACCUCAAGAUGGACAGUGCCCAGCCCUCCGGCUCCUUCAAGAUCCGGGGCAUCGGACACCUCUGCAAGACGUGGGCUGAGCGAGGCUGUGAACAUUUCGUCUGCUCCUCGGCGGGCAACGCAGGCCUGGCAGCCGCCUAUGCCGCCAGGAAGCUGGGCAUCCCUGCCACCAUCGUCGUGCCCAGCACCACCCCUGCCCUCACCAUCGAGCGGCUCAAGAAUGAAGGCGCCACGGUCAAGGUGGUGGGCGAGGUGAGUGCCGACCUGGGGCAGGGGCCACAGAGGGCACCUGGUGGCAGGGCAGGGUCCUGCAGCCCCUCACCCCCCUGCCGCCCUGUGGUCUUGCAGAUGCUGGACGAGGCCUUUGAGCUGGCCAAGGCCCUGGCAAAGAACAACCCAGGCUGGGUCUACGUCCCUCCCUUUGAUGACCCCCUCAUCUGGGAAGGCCACGCAUCCGUCGUGGCAGAGCUGAAGGAGACGCUGGGCACAAAGCCGGGAGCCAUCGCGCUGUCGGUGGGUGGCGGGGGCCUGCUGUGCGGAGUGGUCCAGGGGCUGCAGGAGGUGGGCUGGGGCGACGUGCCCAUCAUCGCCAUGGAGACCAUCGGAGCCCACAGCUUCCGCGCAGCCACCGCUGCCGGCAAGCUCGUCUCCCUGCCCCAGAUUACCAGCGUUGCCAAGGCCCUGGGCGUGAAGACCGUGGGGGCUCAGGCCCUGAAGCUGUUUCGGGAACACCCCAUUUUCCCUGAAGUUAUCUCAGACCAGGAGGCUGUGGCUGCCAUUGAGAAGUUUGUGGAUGAUGAGAAGGUCCUGGUGGAGCCCGCCUGCGGCGCAGCCCUGGCCGCCGUCUACAGCCGCGUGCUACAGAAGCUGCAAGGCGAGGGGAAGCUCCGUGCCCCCCUGUCCUCCCUCGUGGUCAUCGUCUGCGGGGGCAGCAACAUCAGCCUGGCCCAGCUGCGGGCUCUCAGGGAACAGCUGGGCAUGAAGAAGGGGCUGCCCAAGUGAGGCCCC